GAUUAAGUUCCUCUAAUCACCACUGAUAUCGUUAGCGCUAAAUAAGAUGCUAGUCAGGCUACUUCGGCUAACGAAUCACGGCACUCGUUCUAUUUUAUCAAUGACAUUGUUGGUUAUAAGCCAGAAAACCUUGACAUGAAUUUUCAAAUUCGAUUCAAACAAAAAAGUGAUUUUGUUGCUGUUGUAUUUUUAUUUUGUUUUCUUUUUGUUCAGUGACGUCUUGUAAUAUCCGGCUAAAGAUUUUUUUAAUUUGAGAACCUGCUUUAAACCUAAUGCCACGUGACCUUGUAAACGACCUCUUAUUCGGUACAUUCAUAUCGUCCGUUCCUAGUUCACGAUAACCCCACAGUUCUGACACGCUCGAAACACGUUCGUUCCCCGAGUGUUCGAGCGAAAACGUCGUGCAAAAUCGAAUUUCCCCGACUUGCUAUUGAAAUUGGUAGUAAAAGAUUCACGAAUCAUCUAAGAUAUGAUACGAACGACAACAGGUCUACGUAAUGAAUUGGCACGAGCUAUACUUCGAAAUUCUGUACGGACGACCGCCGUAAGAUGCAUGGUACGAUGUCUUCACAGAAAAUAUCUACAGAGGAUUCAGGUACACAAUGCUUUGCGUGUUACGGUAACUCCAUGGAAACAACACAUAAGAUUUUAUGCUGAUUAUCCUGACCAUAUCAAAGUGCAACUUCCUGCAUUAUCACCUACCAUGGAAACUGGUACUAUCAUUAGUUGGCAGAAAAAAGAAGGUGAUAAGUUAAAUGAAGGUGACCUUUUGGCAGAAAUUGAAACCGAUAAAGCUACAAUGGGUUUUGAAACACCAGAGGAAGGUUACUUAGCAAAAAUUUUAGUACCAGCAGGAACGAAAAAUGUGCCCAUUGGAAAACUUGUUUGUAUAAUUGUAUCGGAUGAAGCAAGUGUAGCAGCUUUUAAAGAUUUCAAAGAUGAUUCUCCAGAUACACCUGCACCUUCUGCUCCUGCUCCUGCUCCUACCCCUGCUGCUCCGACACCAUCCACUCCUCCCCCAUCGCCAGUAACACCACCAGCACCUGCAGCUGCAAAAUCAAUGGCUGCACCAUCUGGUGAAAGAAUAUAUGCUAGUCCAUUAGCUAAAAGAUUAGCAGCAGAAAAAGGCCUAAGUUUACAGGGCUUAAAAGGUACAGGAUUGUAUGGAUCUAUAACAGUAAAAGACUUGGAAGGAGCACCAGCUGCUGCUGCUCAACCAGGAGUAGCAGCAGCAGCUCCACUUCCACCAAUUGGUGUUCCAGCUGGAAUAGAUAUUCCUGUAUCUACUAUCAGAGGUGUAAUAGCCAAACGUCUUCUGGAAAGUAAACAGACUAUUCCACAUUAUUACUUAUCGAUAGAUGUAAACAUGGAUGCCGCUUUAGAAAUGCGGGAAAAGUUUAAUAAAAUGCUGGAGAAACAAAAAGUAAAACUUAGUGUAAAUGACAUUAUCAUCAAAGGAAUGGCAAUGGCCUGUAAAAAGAUACCCGAGGGUAACAGUGCUUGGAUGGGUGAUUUUAUUAGACAAUAUAACAGUGUUGAUGUCAGUGUAGCAGUCAGCACAGAUAAUGGCCUAAUUACACCAAUAGUUUUUGGUGCAGAUACAAAGGGUAUAGUUCAAAUUAGUAAAGAUGUCAAAGAAUUAGCUAACAAAGCGAGAGAAGGAAAAUUACAGCCACAAGAAUUUCAAGGAGGAACCAUCACUGUAUCAAAUUUAGGAAUGUUUGGCAUUAAAAAUUUCUCUGCAAUUAUAAAUCCGCCCCAGUCCAUCAUUCUUGCUGUAGGUACAACCGAAGCAAGACUAGUACCUGCCAAAAAUGAACAAGGGUACAAAACGACCCAAGUUAUGUCCGUUACUGCCAGUCUCGAUCACCGUACCAUAGACGGCGCUGUAGGUGCUCAAUGGUUAGCUUCCUUCAAAACCUUUAUGGAAAAUCCAACAACUAUGCUAUUGUAGUAAGUCAAUCGUUAAAAUAUUCAUUUAGAUAGCUUAAAUGAGCGUAACUUAUAUAAAAAAAACAUUGUUCUGUUCAGGUACUAAAGGUGACGAUGAAUGUCCUGUAUAUUUGUGUAUAGUACAAUAUUAAAUUAUAUAUUACUUUACGCAUUUGUAAAUUGUUGAUUCUUAAUAGGUUCAAACUUUGAACUGGUUUUAUUUUUCGUAUCUGAAAAUAAUUAUAUGUCGUUUAGCGACGUGUCGCUAACACCAUUAGGCCUAAUUUCUUUUUAAUUAAAAAGUUUUAUAUAUGUGGUUUUUCAUCAAAUGUAAAGUAAAAGACUGAUGAUUAAUUUCAUUACAGGAAAAUAUACAUUACUGAAUAAUUUAUAGAUCACCUUUUUAAGAUUAAUUAAGAUCGCCUUUUUUUGCCAAGUUUACAAAAUUUUGUUACUUUAUUAUUUAUUUGAGAAACCACAACUUCCCCUAGCAAUAGAGGCCACGUGUAAAUAUAUGUAUUUAUGAGAUAAUUUUAUGGCCAAUAUUAUAUUGCGAUAAAUAUAAUUGUAACUUAGGAGAAAUCAAUAAAAAAAGUGUCAAAAUGUU